UCUUAUUUCCACAAAAAACUUCAGUAACGUUACUGGAGAAAAACACUAGAUAGCUAUCAGUUUCUCCGCAUAGGAAUGCUUGUUUAUUUCUGACAGUUAUGGAUUAUUAAAUCUGAAGUUAACGCAGGCGUCGGCUCGACAGCUGUAAAGAAAAGGAAAUUUCAGGAUUUUCAGUGUGUAUCAUAGAAAACAGAAAAGGAAUUUGCCACAACCUCUCCAUCUCCUACGGAUCUCCAGGGAGUCCCCCAACUCCUCCCUGAGGAGACAUGGAGGCCCAGGGGGAAGCUGGGAUCGGGGGGCUGUUGGCCCCAAGCCCUCAGAGUGAGGCGGUGACCCACGAGAUGGAGGAACUGUCCCUGCAGCCCAGUCAGAACCUGCCCCCGCUGAAUGAGCGCAAGAAUGUCCUUCAGUUGCGGCUGCAGCAGAGGCGCACUCGCGAGCAGCUUGUUGACCAGGGCAUCAUGCCACCCCUCAAGAGCCCUGCGGCGUUUCAUGAGCAGAUCCGGAGCCUGGAGAGAGCCAGGACUGAGAAUUUCCUAAAGCACAAGAUCCGGAGUCGACCCGAAAGGGCUGAGCUGGUGCGCAUGCACAUCUUACAAGAGACGGCAGCGGAGCCCUCGCUGCAGGCUACCCAGCUGAAACUGAAGAGAGCUCGGCUAGCUGAUGACCUCAAUGAGAAAAUUGCCCAGCGGCCAGGUCCAAUGGAACUGGUGGAGAAAAACAUCCUGCCUGUGGACUCCAGUGUCAAAGAGGCCAUCAUUGAUGGCCAGAUGCAGUAUCCCAAAACCCUGCCGGACGUGUUUGAUGAAGACAGUGGAGAUGCCUUCUCUCCAGAGCAGCCAGGCAGUCAGGAGUCACAGGGGUCUGCAGCCUCACCCGGAGAGCCCAAGGCCAUGGAGACCACCUCACCACUGCCCAAUAAUUUAUUACAGCAUUGCAGUUCUGCUGUCCAGUCUACAGGAAAUUUCCUCAAAUCUUUAUCCACCAAUGAAAAAUUAGUCAGCCCUCUGGCACCACAACCUCAGCCAGUCACUACCACAGCCCCCUCAAAACCUGGGCCUACUCUUCUCAAGCAAAGUCAGCCUAAGCUUCCUGGUGAUAAAAGUCGUAGUAAGAAGAGCAAAGAGGCCAAACCACGAGUGAAAAAGCUGAAGUAUCAUCAGUACAUUCCCCCAGACCAGAAACAGGAGCCCAGUGAAGCGCCCAUGGACUCAUCUUACGCCCGUUUACUGCAGCAGCAGCAACUCUUUCUGCAGCUUCAAAUCCUCAGCCAGCAACAACAGCAGCACUACAACUACCAGACCAUUUUACCUGCUCCACUCAAGCCAAUGAUUGAGGGACAGAACAGCAGUGCCACAGUUGCCAUCAGUAGCGGCAACAGCCUUCCUGCCUCUAUUGUGGUGUCUCUGCCUACAGCUGCGCCACCAGUACGCCUGAAUAACACCUUCACUAACCGCAAAGCUGGCACCCUGCCUGCCAACCUGGAAGAGAUGAAGGUGGCUGAGCUAAAAAUGGAGCUGAAACUGCGUGGCCUCCCAGUGUCUGGAACCAAAACAGAUCUCAUUGAGCGGUUAAAGCCUUACCAGGAGAGUUUUGCUCCUAGCAUCAGCAGCAACAGCACUGGACCUAACAUGCAGCCCUGCAGCACACCGAUGGAAGUGUCCAGCACUACUACAAGCCUGUCCCUUGGCCAACAGCCCCCUGAUGCACUGAGCUCCACUCCCCCAGUGUCCCCUGUCCCUGCAGAAGUGCACAAUAGAGAAGUGGCUCUCAUGGACAGCCAGAUGGAGGCACAAGGCCAAACUGGGAGCGCCAGCAACCAGCCACUGGCCACAGUUCCAGAAGAGCAAGACCGGAGGCUACAUGAGAAGGAGCGUCAGAUCGAGGAGCUGCUGCGAAAGCUGGAGCAGGAACAGCGGCUUGUAGAGGAGUUGAAAAUGCAGCUGCAGGUGGAAAAAAGGAGUGGACAGACUCUGGCUGCUGCAGAAAAUAAUGGUAGCAUUAGUCCAGCUGCUUUAAAAGCCCCUGUAAAGAUGGAGAAAGCAGUCGUCCCCAACUGUAAAGUGACCUCACAUACUAUAAAGAAGCUAGAGGAAAGCCGCCCGACCCAAGUGACAGCCACUGCUCUGCCCCAGUUCAUCAUAAGCCACCAGGGGGUAUCACAGGUCAUUGGGCAGCCACAGACUCUUCUCACCACACAGCAUGGUGGCACCCAGAUCCUGCUGCCUGUCUCCCUGCCCAAUAAUGCCACCACUAUUCAGCUCCCCAAUACUAACGUUAAACUGCAGCCAAUCCUUCAGGCAGCUGUCUCUCCCCAAAGCCAAGGACUGAUCCAGAGCACUCAAAUGCAGCCUGCCAAAGCUGAGAGUUCCUCAGUGAAGCAGCCAGUCAAUCAUAACCAUAACAUAGUGCAGCAGACUCUGCCUGUGUGUAGCAGUGGUUUCCAGCACAGUGCCAUUGAGAACCAGACAGGCCUGGAGAUGGCCCAGUGUUUCCUGAGCAGCUCCCCAGAGAACACAGUUUCUGCCCAGACUUCACCCAUCACCUCUUCCCUUACCAAUGACCCUCUUAAUAAGUUCCCCUCUCAGGCUCAGCCUGCCUUUAUCCUGCAGCCUCCAGCAUUCAGUCAGGCCCCCAAGAGCCGAGAGCUGCCCACUUAUGAGGACGCUGUUAAACAGACCCGCAGACUGCAGGCACCUGCCAUUACACAGGUUCCUACAGCAACCAGUCAGCAGAUGGAUGACCUGUUUGAUAUCCUCAUUGAGAGUGGAGAGAUCACACCCUUUAGCCAGCCAGAGCACUCUGUUCCGAAGAUGAUGCCAGUGACCGCCAACAUUACCACUCUACCUGUCAAUACUGCCCUGAGCCGCCCACCUGCACAGGUGCAGAUGGCACCUCCACCAGCCCUACUGGUGGAGCCUAUGCCCAACCUGGCCUCACUGGCCUCAGACAACCAGCUGGAAGCACUUUUGGAGGGUGCGCUGGUGGGAGAGGAUGAACCAGAGCAGAGGACGCUGGGGAUUCUAGAGGAACUGCAGAGCCAGCUUUUAGAGCAGCCCCAUUCUCCAAUGGACACGUCUGAGCUGAGUUUCUGCGAUCCUCCAGCACGCUCUUCGUCUUCCUCUUUCAGCCUGCAGGAUACAGGCCUGGAUAACAUGGAGUGGCUGGACCUGACUAUGCCUGGACCCAUUGGGCCACUGAACCCAUUAGGCAUUGCUUCAGAUUUUCUGGACACACAUGAUUUGCAGUUGCACUGGGACUGAGAGUGUUGAUGCUCUCACUUUCUACAUGCUCAUUUUCUUUCUUUCUUUCUUUCUUUCUUUCUUUCUUUCUUUCUUUCUUUCGCUCUUUCUUUCGCUCUUUCUUUCUUUCGCUCUUUCGCUCUUUCUUUCGCUCUUU